CUGUGUCGCCACGAUAGUUUUACGAGUCGUAUAUCACAAGAUUUAUGGUCAAUCGUACAAGCUGAUAAUCGUUAAUAAAGGGAAAUUCAUGUCUCUCUUUCGGUACUUCUCGCGAUCAUAUUACGAGAUAUAGUAACAUAGAGAGUCGCACCGUUUCCUUCUCGCACGAGUCUCGCUACUUGAAUGACAAAGUCGCCAUUGGAAUGGCAAGAAGCACAUCGCGUAUAAAUUACGUAGUAUAGGUUUUAACAAAUCACCGAUAUGCGUUGAAUAUUUAUAAUCAACAAAUAUUAAAUAUUAAUUUGCUCUUAUUAAUUAAACGCGUCUGUGAGAAAAACUAGCCUCGUACGAAAAGACUGGAUGGAACCGCUAUCGAGAAGAUCGCCGAGAUAGAAUUUUAUUGAUAACGACGUGUAAUACAUGUCGACUUCAUGAACAAACGUUGAUAGAAUAAUAACAAUUGUUUUGUGUCUCUCUGCGCGUAGAUCUCUCUUUCCCCCUCCAGAGAUACAUUCUUUCCCUUUCCAAAUACCGUCCGUCGUAGUGGAAUGCUCCCCACUAUGCCGCACUGACAUACCUAGUAUAUAAACAAAGUAUAUAAACAAGGACGCGUUGUUAUUUUCCCCACAUUGUAACUUGUAACGUCACCCGGUUCGGAAUUGAUCUAUUCCGUAUUCGUUCUGCUAAUGAUUAAGAAAUUCGAAAAUAAUAUCGGCAGUCUUACUCUGAUACCGCGAGAGUACUAUCACGAGUCGCGUUAAUGUACAGUAUGCUAUACGUCGUGAGCACUUUCGAUUAUAGACUGUAUUAUAGAAAUGUAUAUUAAAUGUUUUGUCGUGGGAACGAAUCAAUUGUUAUUUACACGUGGCCGUCUUAUUGUCAUUCACACAGCAAAACUCGAACAGCGCGUUUCAGAGCAGCAAAGGAUGAACAAGCACACAAAGAGAAAAGGAGAAGGAAGUCCGGAGAAACAUCGCGCGACGAUAAAGCAACUAUAUACAUACGAAAGAACUAACAUUCCUCCCAAAAAAACCAGCAUUUUAAAGUCCAUGGAAUCUCGGAGCAAAAAAUUACGGAAAAUGGAGACUGCGGGAAAUACUGAGAUAAAAAUAAAAGUGUUCGAGAAGAAUAGCCGAGGUUUAUCGGCCAGGUGUUGACUCCGCGUUUGUCGAAAGCAAAGAAAAAAAGCUUUGGAUUCGCUCUAACGAGAACGGACCAUGAUACAUUAUUUAACCAGAUGAUGAAUAGCGAACACUGAAGGGAAAUAUACUUUAGCCAAGAUGGAGGCCCACGUCGAUCAAGCCGCAAACGCAACCGUAGAAAAUCCAAUCUUCAUCGAUGCACCAAUCAUUUUAACAGCAAUCGUGCUCUGUCUCCUGAUUCUCAUCACUAUCGUAGGGAAUCUAUUCGUAAUAGCGGCUAUCGUAUUAGAGAGAAAUUUGCAAUCCGUAGCAAAUUACUUAAUCGUCAGUUUGGCUGUCGCGGAUCUUAUGGUCGCCUGCCUUGUUAUGCCUCUCGGAGCUGUUUAUGAGAUAAACUCGGGAUGGUCACUCGGUCCGGAGCUCUGCGACAUGUGGACCAGCAGCGACGUUCUAUGUUGCACAGCCUCGAUAUUGCAUCUGGUGGCUAUCGCGGUCGACAGAUAUUGGGCAGUCACCAAUAUCAAUUAUAUACAGGCGAGGAAUCCGAGAAGAAUCGGCAUCCUGAUCAUCGCUGUGUGGGUGAUAUCCUUAGGAAUCUCAUUAGCGCCUCAGCUCGGAUGGAAGGAUCCUGAUUAUUUGGACCGCAUAGCCCAAGGGACGUGUCUCGUGUCGCAGGAUACUGCAUAUCAGAUCUUUGCAACUUGCGCGACGUUCUAUCUUCCGCUCUUAGUCAUCUUAUUCCUGUAUUGGAGGAUAUUUCAAGCGGCGCGAAAAAGGAUCAGGAAGAGGCCCGGCACUAUACUUCAGCCGCCGCGUGAAAGAAGAGGCAUCCUUAGGCUCGUUACGAGAAGGCCCCGCGAGGAAUCGACGGCGUUCACCAUCACGAGAUCCACGCCGGAUCACUCGUCAAUCUCGCCGGAGAAGUCGUCGUCGUAUAACGGCGCGAACGUCACGCCGUCGACGACGGUGACACCGACAGCGGUCUCGACGACGACCACCACGACGACGUUGACGAAUCCGACCAGCACGAGCCAGCAGCAGCAGGUGGUCAAGUGCAUGAAGCGCACACGCGAGACGAUCGAGUCGAAGCGCGAGCGUAAAGCGGCCAAAACCCUGGCGAUCAUCACCGGUGCCUUCGUUGCCUGCUGGUUGCCGUUCUUCUUGGUCGCCUUGUUGCAGGCUACAUGCCAGACCUGCGAGCCGCCCAAGCUCGUGGCCAGUGUGUUCCUGUGGCUCGGAUACUUCAACAGCACCCUCAACCCCGUGAUUUACACUGUGUUCUCGCCGGAAUUUCGGCAGGCAUUCAAAAGGAUGCUGUGCGGUGGUACGCGGGGACUUCGCUGACAGUGGAUUUAAUUCCUUUGCCACGUGAGCGCGAUCCAAUGAGGGAGAUAUGCGUGAAACUUGUACAUAUACGUAUAUAUAUACGCUCGCUACCGGCGUUUUUCUCGGUGUUGUGUGGUAUCUCUGAAUCUAAAUAUUAUUAUAUUAAAUGAAUGCAUUCGAUUACAUCUAAACGAUAAUAUUAAAAAAUUAAUAAUUAUAAUAUUUUAUUAAUAUUUUUCUAUCUUCUUAGAUGAUCUCUCUUCGAAGAAAAUCGACAAAUAUCUUAUUUUCUAAUAUAAUUGUUUAUCUUGUUAAUUUUUGUUACUUUUAUUCUUUACAUUUUUUGUUAAUAAUGUAUAUCUUUUUCAAAAUUUUAGGAUAUAUCAUUUAAAUCGUGUUAAUGUUUGUAUCGAUUCUAUCGGCAUCUAGACACGACAGACGAUAUUCCACACAACACUGCUUUUUCCCACAGCUGUUCCAGGUAAUCAAGCUGCGCGUCGUUAAUUUCAUAGUCACUUUUAACGAAUAUGUCUCGUUGCCGUAAAUAUUAGUUAAAAUUAAAAUUAAAAUUUCACUCGCGGCUAGCAUUAAUUAUAGUUAAUCGACAACGGUGGAAACGAUCCUGCGUAGAGUAUUUUUGCGAAAACGCUUACUUGGAAGGAUCAACGACAAUGGUGCAACAUUAUUCGUGAUUUAUUCAAUCGUAAAAGUAGCCAGCGUUGAAAUAGAUAUUCAAAUUCACAAAUUUAAUUCAUCAAAAUAAAAAUCAAAACACAUUUUAACGCAUAAACUGGCCGAUACGUGUAUGGCUUGUGUUAGUGAAAAUUCUUAUCGCUCAAAAAACAUAAGUUUAAGCUAUGAUCAUAGAUUCUUCUAUUAUAACGUAAAAAUUUAAAAGAAAAUGGCUAUAUAUGAGUAUCUAAAUGAUGUAGGUGCUUAAUUCAUAAAUUUUAAUAUAUUGUUUAAAUAAAGAAAAAUGAGUUUGAUGACUAUAAGUGAUUACCGAAAAUUUUAUCUUAGCACCUAUAGCAUUUAGCCACACAUUUGUAUAAUUUAUAAAUAAUAGACAUACAUGAAUCGAAAAGUGAGUAAGACAAAUCUUAUAUUUUAUCGUCCAGUGAAGAUCCCUUAAAAUACGCUCUGAUGAUAUGAAAAAAUCGCGAACAAUGCUUGCUCUGAUACGUAAUUGUACAGUAUUGUGUAAGCACGCGAUAAUGUUUAGCGACCAUAUUUCCGAGCAUUACCAUUUUAAAAUAGCUAUGUAUAAAAAUUUUCAAUCUUGACUCGUCUCCAAAGUAUAUAUAAAUAAUGACAAAUCUAAAUGUACAUUAACUAAAACGCGAUGAAGCAAAUACAUCAUGAGUAAUUAUGUGACCAUGACGGAUUCUCUCGAGGAUCUGUCGCGAUUGUGUAUAAAUAAAACGUUUAAAUAUAUAAGAAAGCGCAAUAUCGUGAAUUAGGUACAUCUUACGCUUUUUAAUUUGAUUUGAGAUUAAAAGUACUUGGGAAAUCUCUCAAGCGUAAAAGAUUCUCGCCGCCUUAUGAAGGUUCGCUUACGCAACUUUUCUCGUACAGAGUUUUAUAAUACAAAAUAAAUAAAAUAGCAAUACAAGUAACAGAAUUGAAUAGAAAGGUUGGAUUAUUACUACAAGCAAAUGUAUUUUCACCAAUCCAUAUUAAUGCGAACGCUUAAUGUAGAGUAAAUGAAAGAUGAUUAAUAAUUAUAAUAAAUAUAAACAAUAAAGAACAUGCCGUAAAAUAUCGCGAUAAACUCAUAUCAUGAAUAUCCUAGAAUCAAAAAAGUCAAUCACAAAAAGUGAUUUUACAUAAAUUAUCUCUAUCUAAGAAAAAAAUUAAAUAAUAUUCGAAAAUUAACUUUAGCCUUGCCAUUCAAUUCUGCGUCUUAUAGCGAAUGUAAUCCUUUAAAUUUGCGUAAGUAAUAAUGUAUAUAACAUCUAUACUAUGAUAUUACUACGUAAUAUGGCGGAUAAUGUUUAAUUUACAGAGCAACGACUGAUUCAGAUCUAUGUCCACAUAUUAAAUGAAUAGGAAUUGAGAAAUAAUUCUUUGCGUUUGUAAUGUCUAUUUCCAAAUGCCGAAUAGUGUGCACGUGCAUUUAUUUUAUUUCUACAUUUACUUACGAGCUAUUGGACUCGCUAUUUAGAAAUAAACAUAGUUCUAGACUAAUCAUAAUAAUAUGUUAGGCAGAUUGUGAUAAACGGCGACAAUAGCUUUUUUUCGUCAGAAAUGAUAAGACUUCAUUUCAUCAAAUUAAUUUUCAAAUAUACGAGAAUAUAAGAUAAUGCUUUCUCUCUUACUCUUAGAAAGUUACAUAACAAAUAAAAAUAAGAGAUAUUUUUUAAUUUAUUCUUUAUUCGAACUCAUGGUAAUUUUAUUUUAACAAUCGUUACAUGUAGUAACUUUCUUUUAACACUAUAAAUAAUACAUUUAUUAAAUGUAAAUAUUAAUAAAAAAUACAUACGUAUACAGCACAGAAAGAAAAAAUUGUCAGUAUUAACAAAGAAUAGUUAAAUCGCUUUAAUUAAUUUGUGAGCGAAUUCUUUUUAUUUCUGACGACAUUGUUGCUGAAAUAAUGACGGCAAUAUCGGAUACGCUUGCGCUAUCUAAUUAUGUCAGUGGUCGUCGUUCUAUUCGCACGACAUAAUUAAUAAAAAACGUUUUGUUCAUGUUUAUUUUUUAUGUAAGUCUCCAAACAGAAGAACAAAGCGUUGUCCGCCGAGCAUUUUUAGCAGUUUCUAGUGGAGAUAAAAAGUCUCAUAAGCUCAAUAGCUUGAAGAAAAAAAACAAGAAAAAAAUUAUUUUACAGCUAUUUUUAUUACGACUAUUAAAAUGUUCGCGAAAGAUUAUAACAGCAAAUUAAUGUGUUUGAUGUAAAUGUAGUUUAAUCAAGUUGAAAAGAAUCAGCAUCUCUCAAUAAUGCUUAGUAAUUAGUUAAACGAUCGAUAGUGCCGCUCGGUUACUAAACAAAUACAUAAUGCUUGAUGCGGUUAAUACUCAUUAAUAACAUUCUGUCAAAGUGCCAUAACAAAAUUGAUCGUAAGCAAUUUGUGUUUGUGAUGAUAUACUACAACGAUAUAUGCGGCAAAAUGUUCAGCGGAUAACGGGAUAUCGGGUUGAUCACGUAACGCUUGUAAAUCGAAGCAGCCAUCGAUCGCUCAGUAACAUCGCUUCCCGCAAAUAUUGUUUCAUUAUGUAAGCGACACGGAUAGAUAAAGUUAUAAAGUUGAUAAAAAAAGUUAUGAGCAUAUUGAAAUGGAAACGUGUUCGCGGGAAAAUAUCAAGAUAAAACAAAUACAGUAUCGAUGAGAAUAUUAUCCAGCGAAUUCUAACACCGCGUAAUUAUUCAGAUGAUAAUUUGUUGACAUAAAUGCCAAGUAUGUUCACUUGAAAUUUUAUGCGGAAGCAUCAAGCAAAAACAAAAUAAGAGAGAUAGAGAGGAAGAAAGGAAGUGAGAAAAAGCAAUAGAAAAAGGGAAGAAUGAAAGAUAGAAAGAAAGAGUUAGAGAAAAAAAAGGAUGUUAUUUACAACGAUGCUUCAUGUGUAUAUAUCCUUGCAAUCAUAAAGUGAAAUAAAUGACGGAAAAAAGUUUGAAGAAAUUUGCUUGAAUGCUGUUUCAUGUAUAUUUACAACGUCUACAUACAA